AUGAUCGUCCGUCAAAUAUUCAUUACUUUACAUCAAAAUAUUCGUUAUUCUGCACAACUAUGUGUUUCGAUUCAUUGCAAAGAAAUAUUAGAAUUAAUAUUAAAUUCAGAACUCGAACGAAUAACUUCGAAUAUCCAUUAUACAUCUAAGAACAUCACUAAACCAUAUUUAUUAAUGAUUAGCAGUUGUUCAGAAGAUUUAGAACUUUAUCUUAAACAAUAUUUACUUGAAUUUGUGGAUGUAGCAAAUAAUUUACAGCAUAAUAUCAAAGAAGAACAUGUUGCUAUCAUUAUCAAAUGGAUAAUCGAGAUGUCAAUAGCUUUAUUUUGUCCAACAAAAUUCUCGAGUGAAUUCUACGAAUGGAUUUUUACAUUUCUUCAUAACCAACGAUUUCCUCGAGUUCAAAAAGCAAUUUUCAAUGCUCUGAAUUCGAUAUUUAUUGAUUAUCUUACAGAAGAACAUCAUGUUCUUAUGCAAAAUAAUACAAUUAUUCAUUUGGAAAAAGUUAUUUAUUCUUGGAAUACAUAUUCCAAAGAUGUUCUAGCUGUUUGUUUACUGGCUUAUGCUGAUCGUAAAACUUUAGUGCAACUGUAUAAUGCGUUUGGUGGAGUUACAGAUGAUCUUAUUGAUAUGUUAAAAUGGAUUGAAUUUGUUGAGGAUGGCGAUGGAUGGAUAUAUCUUGAACAUAUAAAACAAAUAUCCGAUAGAGAUAUGAUUGAAAAGAUAUUUCAAUCUUUAGAUUUAAUGGCAUGUAAUAUUAAAUCCCGACGUUUUUCGUCUAUAUUAAAAUUACUUGUUCAGCUUACUCAAACCGAUGUUGUAUCUUUCUUGGAAGCACAUCAACAUAUCUCAUUCAUCAUUAAUGAUUUUUCGUUUGAGGAUGAUGAUAGCACAUGGGAUGACGAGAAAGAGAUUUUUGAUCUUUUAUUAAAUCUUAGUUGUAUUAGAAAAGUAUCCUCAUUAGAGUCGAAAGAAAAACUGUUUACUGAGAGUGAUAUUGACAAAAAAUUCAAGAAAGAAAUUCAGUAUGUUAAGGAUAAGUCAGCUCUAUUUCUUAGAAGAAAUUAUUUCUUUACCAUAUUUCGAUCAGUUUCGAGUUGUUAUAAAUAGGAAGGUUGUCCUAUUCUUCUAUCAAACACUCGCAUCAGCACUCAUUCUUUUCCAUAUUAAAUGCCAUUAUAAUAAAUUGCUAUCACUUAUUUAGAGAAUUGUUUGUCUUCAUGUACUGAUUUAUGCUUUGUUUGGUUCGGAGCUAAAAGUUUUCUGUAUGUUUAUUAUAUACGCAUUUUGAACACAUGAAAUCAUAUUUUACUGAUGUGAGCUUAUAUAAAAUAAAGAUACAAAAUAUCAUACGGCGUGUUUCGACAAUUGCUCAAAUGAUCUUCAUCAUGUAGGUUAAGACUUUAAAAGUACAUAUGAAAGCAAAUCGGUGAAGUAAGAAUUUGUCCAACAAAAUUCGACAAGAAAUUUCCAAGGAUUUGGAAAAGAGCUACCACCAAACUUUUCUAUCACGGUGAAAGAUCUCGUUAGGUAGCUUGAAACUUUGUAUGAGUUAGUCCUUUUUUUUGGUUUAAAGAAAUGAAACAUUUCUCUCAUAUUGAAAAUAAAUCAAAGAAAAGCAAUGAAUGUGUGACUCUAGUGGUGAGUUAAGAACAAGGGGGAAACAGCAUACUUUUGCACUUCAAGUACUUUGAGCUACUUUAAGCUACUUUAGGCUUACUUCAAGUAGAGUACUUUGAAGUACUUUACAACUUCAAAUUUACUUGCAGUUACUUCAAGCUACUUCAAGCUACUUUAAACUACUUUAAGCUACUUUAAGCCUACUUCAAGCCUACUUCAAGUAAAGUACUUUGCCGUACUUUUCUACUUCAAGUCUGCUGUUUCCCCCUUGGUCAAGAAUCAAUUUAAGAAAAAUAUGUUGAGAAGCAUGUGAGUUUAUAUGGAAGGAAAAUUAAGAGCAUCGCACUAGUGGUUGAAACUGCAGUUGACAUAGUCGGCCUGAGCAAUUUUUAGAAUCUGUUAGCACAUCCAAAUUAAAAUUAAUACUUUCGGAGCGAUUCGAUUUUUGUAGAAAAUAGCUUUAACAAGUCCAUUUUCAUAUGCAUUCACCUGCAGAUAAAUGCACAUUGUAGUCUUUCUAGUAUGUGCUUCUAGUUGUUUUUCUUUUUCUUGUUUCUAUCAUUUCAUAAGCAGCCUCUUUCAUGUCGAAAUGAAUAAUUACUCAAUUUUGUUUUUUUCUCUUUCUUAUAUAUAUUGCGUAGUAGGAACGAUAUAACCAAACGAAAUCUCGAUUCUCUUGUGUGUCUAAAAACAACUGAGGUUUUUCGAAGAUUUACAUGCCGUUUGAAGGAAUUGAUACAGAAGACAGCGGUAACUCAUUGAGUAAUGUGAGUGCGGGUGUGGGUGGGUGUGGGGUGGGGGUGAGGGUGAGGGUGAGGGUGUGGGUGUGGGUGUGGGUGUGGGGUGAGGGUGUGGGUGUGGGGUGAGGGUGUGGGUGUAGGGUGAGGGUGUGGGGUGAGUGUGUGGAUGUGGAUGUGGGUCUUCUCUUCGUUCCUACAUCCACCCACACCCUAAAAAUAAGAUUAUUUUUUGAUGUUCAACAUUAUUUCCUCAGUAUUCAGGUUUUACUACCCAGUAGGAGAAACCAACGCUGGAAAACCUUAGGAUUCUUUAGAUUCUCCAGCGAUUGGCAUUGUGUUACUUUUUUACAUCAUUGAUCGUUCUUUUCGUUCCCGCUGCUAAUGAAGAAUCAAAUACAAAACGCUCCGCUAUUGGUGAGAUGGAAAAAUAGGAUAUACAUUGCUUUAGAGCUCCUUUUUUUUGAGGUGGCGACAUCAAAUGACGCUGGCGUACUGAUCUUUUCAACAGUGUUCUUCGCUUUUGGUUAUAAUGGCUAUGCAUCCUUUUGAUAACCACCGCUUGGCUUCUUAUCACGUUCCUUCUCAACGUAUCCAAUUGUCCAAGAGGCUAUUUGAGUCCUGGUGGUAGCCAUGAACAUGGCAAAUAUCAGAGCUGUAUGAGAGGUAGGUGGCAUUCUAAACUUAAAACUUGCCCAAUCUGUUUCAAUUAUAUUCAUUUUUGAGGCGUCGCUCAGUACAUCGAUCAUUUUAUUUUGACAGAUUCUUACAUGUGGUUUUGUAGGAGGGUGUGGGUGUGGGUGUGGGUGUGGUUGUGGGGUGGGUGUGGGUGUGGGUGUGGGUGUGGGCGUGGGCGGGGUGUGGG